GUGAGUAAUCUUACAUUUAACUACAAGAUUGCUACCACCACUAAAGGUUAGACACACGCUAUAUAUAUAUCUAUAUAUAUAUAUAUAUAUAUAUAUUUAUACAAAAAUUGCUCUUAUUUUUAUUAUUAUGGAUAAACGUGUCGAUCCAGAGUCUUCUUGGCGUGUCCUCUUCAAUAUUUCCCUAAGUCAUGGUGAAUGGAUUAAACUUCAAAAGAUAGCCUACAAAGGCUUUCUUACUUUUCUUCGAUCCGCAAAUCUCUUGAACUCUCAAAACGGUGUCUCUCUCUUGCUUGUUGAGCAACUGUGGUGGAAGCAUCGCGUCAUGGCUCAUCCCUUAGCGAUUCCCAUGCCAAACUUCUUGAUACAUACUAGCAGGACUAAAUCAGUUACACAAGAAGAUUAUUUCAAAAACAGAGAAGAAGUUUACUCUCACGGAUUGCUGAAUUUUGAAGGCUUUACAGAUAUCAUGAAUGUCAUUAGUGUGCGUUGUUAUCAAACCCGGAAAUGUGCACACCUUCAUAGAGAGGUUGGGGAGAGUUUAAAGGAUGCCAUCAUUCUUUCCUCUGAAGAUUGCGUAGGCCUCGAGGAAUGUGUUGCCUACACAGCUAAGCAUUGUCUUAAGUUUUUUAUAUAUCGAAAUUUAGUUCAUCGAAGCACAAAAAUCCUACUUGAUCCUAUGCAAAAUGAAUGGACGAUUCAAACCAACCAUGUUGUCCACCAUAUUGUCAAUAAUCUUCAAGACACAAUCAUUGUACCACUUUUCGAAUAUUACAGCGGUAAUUCUGGAGAAAUGAAUCGCUCUCAGUUUGAGAGAUUUGUCAAGGAUGCCUUUCCUGAAUUUACUGAAGUUCAGAAGUCCAGCGCUUUUUCCAUUUUUUAUUUUAAUAUAAAUCGCAAGGAACGGUAUGGAUGGGUCGACAACUCGGACACAGAUGGUAAUAGUGCUCCUCUCGUUUUUGGGCUCGACUCGUUUGUUGAUGCGUUGUUAAUGUUGUCUGUUGUAGCCUUUUCUGAUGAAUCGCGGUUCCCUCACCACCUUUCGAUCACUUCCAAAGUAUGGUCUGCUUUCGAGUCCUACUUAUGCCCAGCCAUGACCAAAUUAAGUGUGUCUUAUCGAUCGAAAAGUGUUAUUGCACCCAGUAUGGCCACGGAUCCCCUUUUUCUAGACAGCGCAGCCUCAGCCGUUGCGCAUGUAAGCUGCGUUUUCCCCACAUCGAUUCCAGUAGAUGAUAUUUCCUCCAUUCUUAUAGGUGGGGUCAACAUCAUGAUCGAUCCUGCCUACAUUGUACCUGAGGGAUCUCAGCACUAUGGGAUUGGAACUUUGGCGACAGAAGCAAACCCAAAUAGACAAUCCGGUAAACCGAUCUUCAGACGUGUGGUGAAAUUAUUAAAACCCCUCCCUGCAUCUGUGCUAUCCGAUGGAAAGGACACAACUUUCUCAAAUAUCCAGGAUGAAAUUCAAGACAAGAUGGAAGAGGCAGUGACGAAAAAAUCAGCUGUUUCUAGCUCUUCUCUGCAAUUUCCAGGGGUCGAUUUUUUUAUUACAUGUACCAAUUCAACUUUUAGUGAUACAAAAAUAUCCCCUGGAACGAACCAUAGUGGGAAUAAAGUAUUACUGAAGAAUAUAAAUAAAAAGUCUUUGGUUAAUACCGAAGAGGUGCCUUCUGCGGGUUCUGUUUUGUCGACUAACCCUCCUAACCAUAUCUCGAAUUUAUACUCUCCAUACUUGGACGACGAGCGUUGUUUAUGCAUGAAGUACGCGCGAAACAGGGUGGAGGUGCUUCUCCACGAAAGUGUAAGAAAUAUGCGUUUAUUUAAAUUAGCGAUUAUGUAUAAAAAAGGUGAAAACAUCAGAAGUGACAGAAGGAAUACAGUUUCACCAUCAAAUCAGAACAGAAACGAUUACUUUCAGUUCACACCUAUCCGUCAGAUGUCCUUUUCACUACGGGAUACCACUGGGAAGCGUAUCUUCACCUCCAAGACAAUCGUUCUAAAAGCAACUAGUACACGGCGACCAGUUCCAUCUCCUGUUUUGCACAUACUUCAAGAAGCUUUUUACCAGAAAGCGAAGCCCGAAAAUAUAAUUUCAGACGUGCCUAAUACGAGCACGCCUUUUAUUACGAUGUCCGAUUUCGAAAAUAUAUGCUGUCGCCUGCGCUUAACACCCGAUGAGGCAUUGACAACAGUGGAGUGCCAACAUGCCGUGAGAGAGUCUGUCAAUGCUUCUUUUCUAUUAUCGGGGAGGCAAUCGGAUGAUUCUGAUGAGGAUCCUAUGCAGUACAUUGUACAGGGUGCCUGGGGGAAGGUUCGAUUGAGCUUUUCUCAGUUUAUGGAGGCUGUGGCGGCCCUGGGUCUUCGUACACGAACAUUCAUGUCGGCAGACAGCGCUUCAGAUCUGAUAAACUUUCUGAUGCUUGUCCUACCAACAUCGGAUUUAUUAGCAGGAGAGGGUCAGACAACACUCACUCAAACGGAUGGCAUCUUAACUUCCGAGUUCGCACUGCCUUCAAUAGAACCCAAAACCAAAAGGUCAGGUUCAACCAUUUUACCCUACAGCUCCAGACUGAAUGGCCAGCUCAAGAAUGUCUUGAAUCAUUGCAGACGCCAAACAUUUGCUUCAAGGCUAGAUGCAAUGCAUCAGGCUUUGAAGCGACCCCCAAAGGUAAUGCUUCCUGGAUAUCCUAGCGAUGUGUUGGGGGAGGAAGCCCAACCUUUCUCCUGUAGGCUAAACCCUGAUCUUCACGAAGCCUCUGAAAUACUCAAGAAUGAGUUCUUGAUGAAAGAAGUUACACUCACCACUGACGGGAAUGGUCAUUUAUUAUAG